AAUGAAUCGUUUCUGAUGCGUGGGCAGGUAAUCCGUGGCCCAAACAACCAGGUGGUGGUUCGCUUCCAGAGCCCAGCACCUGCAAAUCCUGGAACCUUCCAUUUCCAUUUCCAAGCCUAUUUACUGAGCUGUGCCUUCCCUACACGUCCGGCUUACGGCGACGUCUCUGUCACCAGCUUGCAUUCUGGGGGUAACGCCUACUUCUCUUGCGCCACCGGCUACCAGCUUGUGGGCCAGCCUCACCUCACCUGUCUCAAUGCCACACGCCCCUUUUGGAGUGCUCGGGAGCCAACUUGUGUCGCCGCUUGUGGUGGAGUGAUCCGGAAUGCCACAGUUGGACGCAUCGUGUCUCCGGGCUUCCCUGCCAGCUACAGCAACAAUCUGACUUGCCACUGGCUGCUGGAGGCACCACCAGGGCAGCGCCUGCACCUCCAUUUUGAGAAGGUUUCAUUGGCUGAAGAUGAUGACAGGCUCAUCAUUCGGAAUGGAAAUGAUAUUGAAGCGCCCCCUGUCUAUGAUUCCUACGAGGUGGAGUACCUGCCGAUCGAGGGUCUGGUCAGCGCGGCACGCGGCUUCUUCAUCGAGCUGACCACAGACAGCAGUGGCGUGGCAGCAGGCAUGGCACUGCGCUAUGAGGCCUUUGAACCAGGGCACUGUUACGAGCCAUUUGUCAAGUACGGGAACUUCACCACCAGCGAUACGACCUAUACUCUGGGGACCACAGUGGAGUUUGCCUGUGAGGCCGGCUACACCUUGGAGCAAGGCUCUGUCAUCAUCGAGUGUGUCGACCCCACCAACCCCCAGUGGAAUGAGACGGAGCCCGCCUGCCGAGCAGUGUGCAGCGGGGAGAUCACGGAUGCAGCUGGCGUGGUGCUUUCUCCUAAUUGGCCAGAGCCCUACGGGAAGGGUCAGGACUGCAUCUGGGGAUUGCACGUGGAAGAGGACAAACGCAUCAUGCUGAAUAUCAAAGUGUUGUGCCUGGGCAAGGGAGAUGUGCUGACCUUCUACGAUGGAGAUGACCUGACGGCACGCAUCCUGGGCCAGUACUCUGGCCUCAACCGGCACUUCAAGCUGUUCACCUCGACCGCUGAUGUCACCAUCCAGUUUCAGUCUGAUCCUGGCAGCAGCGGCUUAGGCUACCAACAGGGAUUCAUCAUCCACUUCACCGAGGUGCCCCGCAAUGACACAUGCCCUGAACUGCCAGAGAUCCCCAAUGGCUGGAAGACUGUGUCCCACCCAGAGCUGAUCCACGGUACUGUGGUCACCUACCACUGCUAUCCUGGCUAUGACUUGGUGGGUACGGAGCUCCUGAUGUGCCACUGGGACUUGACCUGGAGUGGGGACCUGCCCUCUUGCCAGCGAGUGACCACAUGCCGAGAUCCUGGAGACGUGGAUCACAGCCGCCGCAUGGUCUCCAGCAGCAAAUUCCCUGUUGGCUCCACAGUCCAGUUCAUCUGUGACAAGGGCUACACGCUAGCUGGGAGCGGAAUGAUCACUUGUCAUGAUCGACAAGCUGGAGAUCCCAAGUGGAGUGAUCGUCUUCCCAAAUGCAUCCCGGAGGUCUACGAGCCCUGCCACAAUCCUGGCAUUCCUGACCAUGGAGCUCAGAGUCCAGAGAAGAGGGUGUACCAGGCAGGGGCACUGCUGCGCUUCUCUUGCACUGCAGGCUACACGCUGCUGGGCGAUGCCACUUUGCGCUGUGUGCCAGGUCACCCUUCCCAAUGGAAUGGCACCCCACCACUUUGCAAGACAGCCUCCUCUGAGCAAUUCUACACCAAUCGCAACCUAGAUGUUGUGGCUAAAAUGACACCCGCUGGGGACCUCCUGGAAGGCUCAAAUGUGGCCUUUGCCAUCUUCCUGCCCGUGGCUGCUGUGGGACUUCUCCUGGGCACCCUGUACCUCUACGUCUCCAGGCACCAAGGAAAGCCGUCGCUCCAGCUGCCCCUGUCCGGUUCCCACCCUUAUGAUCACAUCACUGUGGAUUCAGCCUUUGAAAACCCCACCUAUGAAACCGGAGCUUUUUCCUCUCCAGGAGAUGCGGGAGUAUGA